AUGGGGGAUGUAAGGGAAAGACGUAAGGAGAAGAGAUUCAAAAAAUUGAGGGAUGCACCAAAAAGUCUAAUUCCCAGCUCGCAACCAAAGAUCCAAAAGGUUCCCUUCAUGCUCCGGGAUCACAAAAAUUUCGACAAAUACUAUGUGCCAAGGGCAGUAGCAAUUGGCCCUUUCCAUCAUGGUAAUCCAAGGUGCAAGCUGGCACAAAAAUACAAGCUUAUGUUGACAUCAAAGUUUGCCAAAUUUGUUGGCCAGAAAGAGGAAGAUUUGUAUAAGAAGAUUGAGGAGAAGAUCAAAGAACUAAGGGAAUGCUACGUCAAGGAAGCAACAGAGGACAUUGAUGAUGAUAAACUCGCCUGGAUGUUGUUCUUAGAUGGGUGUUCAACCUUACAAUUCAUAUACUCCCUCAUGAACAAGCAUGAAGAGUUUGAGAUCAAAAGAGACCAGGUAGCCUUUGCACAGCAAGACUUAUUCUUGCUGGAGAAUCAAAUCCCAUAUCAAGUCCUCGAGCUGUUGAUGAGCUCAAGCAAAAGCAACAAACGUGAGGAUUUGAAGUGCGCAAUCGAGAGUUUUGUUCAGAUGCACAUUAUUGUACCCAUAGAGAAGCAAUCAAAAGGGCAGGAACAGAAGCGCCAACCAGAAAUAACAGAAAACAGGGAACAGAAGCACCAACCAGACACAACAGCAAGCACGGAACAUAAGGUAGACAUAACAGAAAACGCAGAAACAAAGCAACAAGAAGGCUUAACAACGGACACUGAUCAGAAGCAACAACCAGGCGUAACAACAGACGCGAAUCAGAAGCAACAACCAGGCGUAACAACAGAUGCGAAUCAGAAGGAACAACCAAAAGAGCCCAUUCAUCUUCUUGACCUUCUGCGCAAAAGAAUUCUAGGUCCACCAAAAAAGGAUGUUCAACAACCAGGCGUAACAACGGACGCGAAUCAGAAGCAACAACCAGUCGUAACAAGAAGCACGGAACAGAAGCAAGAACCAGACACAACAGCAAGCACGGAACAUAAGGUAGACAUAACAGAAAACGCAGAAACAAAGCAACAAGAAGGCUUAACAACAGACACUGAUCAGAAGCAACAACCAGGCGUAACAACAGACGCGAAUCAGAAGCAACAACCAAAAGAGCCCACUCAUCUUCUUGACCUUCUGUGCAAAAGAAUUCUAGGUCCACCAAAAAAGGAUGCUCCAAAGAAAGAAGUUGAAGAGUCCCCUAAACAAACUUUUCGCAAUGUGCAGGAGCUUAGUGCAGCCGGGAUACAUUUUCAGCCCAGUAAGACUAACUUCUUGGGGGACAUAUCUUUUAAGUCUCAUUGCUUUGCAGGAUUCCUUAGUCUUCCUCCAAUAUCAGUGGACGACUCAACAGGGCCUAAGUUCAGGAAUUUGAUAGCCUAUGAAAUGUGUCCUGAUUUCCAAAAUGAUUAUGGGGUUACCUCUUACAUAGGUUUCCUCGAUGCACUCAUUGAUCAUGCUGACGAUGUUAAGAAGCUAAGGUCAGCGUCUGUGCUGUUCAACUUUCUGGGGAGUGAUAAGGAGGUGGCUCAACUCUUCAAUGAGAUAGGCACUGACUUGGUGCCUAACAUUGCCAUAUACCUCAGUGUUAAAGCCGAAUUAGAAAAGCACUACAAAACCAAGUGGAAGACCUGGAUGUCUCAGUUCUGUCACGAUCAUUUCAGUAGCCCCUGGACUAUCCUGGCUUUCCUUGGGGUCUUAUCAGCACUUGGGUUAAGCGGCAUCCAGACUUGGUACACAGUCGCUUCUUAA